GAUUCACGUAGCCCAAAAGAUCCGACGAUUCGUAUAUAAAGACUCGCAUCCAACGUCAGAAGCAUCAUUCAGUCCUGAGUCACUCAGCUUCAAUUAGUUGAUAUUUACUGCAGAAACACAGUUCGACGAAAAAAUAACCGAUCAUCAUGAAGUGCUUCGCGAUUGUUCUACUGGUAGCAGUCGGGUGCUUUUCGCUCGCGUUGGCCAACCCGAUCGACGUAGAGUCCGUCGAGCCGAUUUCAUCGUCGAAAGGAGCGGACGGUUUGGAGAGCCCGGAAGCAUCGGCCGAGUCUACGAACGCAGUGAGAGACAAACGCACCUUGCUAUUCGGUGCCACACCCUACGCAGCCGCCCCCCUAGCUUAUUCGGCGUACACGGCACCCCUGGCUUACAGCGCCGCGUAUUCGGCUCCGUACGCGAGCUACCCUCUCGCCUAUUCGGCGUACAGUGCUUACAGUGCCUAUCCCUAUUACGCUUCGUCGUACUACGUAGUCUAGACUCGCGGGGAUGAAGGAUCCGUGCCGUGCAACGAGAGGGUUUUCUUCGUUUUUUUUUUUUCUGUUUUUUUUUCUGCUUUAUUUCGGGGGAAAAUUCAAUGCGCGGAAUGAACUCCGGGUAUUUGAAUAUCGAUCCCACUGAAAUGGAAUGAAAAGACGGAGAAGAAAAAAAUUUGAAGAAACGAAUGGAUGAUACGAUAACCGAAACGAAAAGAGAAAAAAAAAAAAAAAAAAAAAUCAAAAAACUGUAAAAAUAUAUGCAAUAUAACUUGUCAAACGAAUAAAGUAUUUAACCGAA